AUGGUUUACAUCGAAGAAUGGAACAAAUAUCAAGAAGCAGUUGAAGAACUUUACCAGAAUUCUCCAAAAACGACACGAUAUGUAACUAGUUGGCGUCAUUCCGAAGGAAAAUUGAUUCUAAAGGUUACAGAUAAUUUUACAGUUUUAAAAUAUAAAACGGACCAAGCUAGCGAUUUAAAAAAAUUCGAACGCCUGAAUCGUUCGUUAUUGUUGAAAAUGCAAAAUCGAAAAACCAGCGAAAUUGAUCCAGCUUCUAAAACUGAAGAUUCGAGUCGGACGUCUGAAGUUCAAAGAGCUGCAGAUUUAGCAGAAAGUUCAUCUACUACAAAAACCACUCCAAAUCCUCAAACUUCUAAAAAGAAAGGGAGAAAAAAAUAA